UUCAAUUUGUGCAAUUUGUGUUCGGGCGUCUCACCGCUAGAAUUCUAAACAUAUAGUCGAAACCACCGGUUGAUUAGGAAGGGAUAGACGGCGCUUGGUUCCCCUUCUAUGGGAUAAUGAUGGCCUAAAUCUGCGCACUUCUCACGACAGAUUCCUUGUUUCCCUGCGCGGCGCCCGUCUCCACCACUCACAGCGUUGGGCAAACCAUCUAUUGGGCGCUCAAGCUUAUCGGCGCAUAAUUGAUGCAAAUCACUUGCGCCAUUUUCCACUGGCCAGCCUAGCUCUGUUUCCUGUCACGGAUUGAUCUGGAACGUCUUCGACCAUGUCUGACUCGGAGUCGUCGGCGAUAUCCAAUAAUGUAUCGCCGGAGCAAGAUACCUCCCCGGGAAAGGAGAGCUCAAUGCCUCAGUUAGAGACACUCAUCUCGCAUUUGGUUGCCGCAAAACGGUCCUUGUCAUCCAUCAAUCACGUAUGGCACGCAAAUGAAAUCGUCACAGCCGCCCGCUCUGCGUUGGAGGAAAGUGUUGUAAUUUCGGCGCGGACUGGUUUCCUUCGCCGGGGGCUGAAUAAUCAGUUACGCCUUCUGUAUAGUGUCCGGACCGAGGUCCAGGAAGUCUCCCUGCGCGGCCGGUCAGAGUUUGCUACCGUGCUCAAGGGUCUCGAUGCGGCGGAUGCGAGACUGAGAAAGACAUUAGACCUGUUACGGGAUACAGUGGUCCACUCUUCAUUCCGUCCGGAGGGUGAAGGAUCCAAAAGCUUGCAUGAUUUUGUGGAUGAGCGUGGAGUAGAAGAGCUACAUACAACCCUCAAACGCUCAAUAGAUCGGACCAAUACUGCUCAGGCCGAUCUAGAGUCGUCUAAUCGUGCUUUUGACGAUGAGCUCCAGUCGAUCAAGGAAGCACUCGGCAACUACCGGGCAGCUACGCAGCUUACAUCUUCGCGCACUUCCGCCUCUUCGUCGUCGUCAUCCACGUCCAACACUAGCCUCCCGUCGCUCUCGUCGAUUCCUCCAAUGCUACAUUCCCUUGAGAUGCAUGCCCAGGAAAUGGCUAACCUGCUUGAGUCUUUGGUCCGUCAUUUUGAUCUCUGCGUGACCGCUGUCAAACAUACGGAGGGUGGCGGAGCUGCUGCCCGAUCCAUUACAGGUGACGUGCCAACUACGGUGCAUGUCAACGGACGGGUUGGGCCCAAUAUCGAGGAAGGCAUCAAUGCUAACUUGGAUGCGCCCCUUGACCCGUUGACCGACUCCGAAUACCAAGAAAUGGUCAACGUACUCAUUAAGGAUGCGGCUGAAGCGGAGGAUGUAGUAAUGGAGAUUCAAGACCGCAUCGGCGAAAUGGAGGCGGUAUUGGAAAAUGUGUUAGCCCAGCGGGAUAAUGUCCUGUCGAUUUAUAAUGCCACAACUAGUGUCUUCAAGCACCUAUCAGCACUCGCCUCCACCCGUUUAGCGGGGUAUAUAGCUCAGGUGCAAAACUUUACCCGUGUAUGGCACGAGGAGUCCGAGCAAAUUCAAGGUGGUAUGGCCGAUCUAUCUGACCUCAACACACUGUACGACGGCUUUUUAGAGGCAUAUGAUGGGCUUAUCCUCGAAGUCACACGUCGAAGGCAAGUGCGGCACCGCGUGGAAAAGGUUCUCCGUGAUGCAAGACAUAAACUCAAUCAGCUAUACGAAGAAGACGUGAACGCCCGCGAGGCAUUCCGCGUAGAGCAAGGGGACUACUUGCCAUCAGACAUAUGGCCUGGAAUUGGCCGAGAGCCGAUGCGAAUCGAAUUCCGUCGUAUAUCUGGUGGUAACUUGAAAGGCAUGGCCGCGGAGCCCUCUGGUCAGGAAACUCCGGCCGUGGAAGCAAAAGAAGAGGCACGGGCUGUUUCUUCAAGUGAUGGUGGAGAAGAUGGCGAGGUCAUUCCCGAACUUCCAAAGGCCCUGGUUGAGGAAGCUAUCGCUCGAUUCAAUGCCCGAAUGCGACAUCUUCCCUAAUCGCCACUUACUAUAAUACUGGUUGAGUCUAUAUGUCCCUCUUACGAUGACUUUCGGUUUGAGAGGGUAGCUUUUUCUAGGUAAUUCCGACAAAGUCACGCUUCCAAUUUUCUAUGAGUAUUUCUACUCGGGCCUGGGGGUGGCAUUGAGGCUUUGGGCCUUUUCCGAUAUACUGGCCAGCCCAUUCAUUUCAUAGCCACCACAGACGCAUACUCCACUUUUGCGAUGUGAGCGCAGAUUGGUACGGAUAUGUGAUGAAUCGGGGUGGUCCACGUGAGGUUCAAAGAGAGCUCUGAUAGAUCAUGGAUUGUGUUGAUAGCAGAAUGAUGCCGU